CAAGCGACGGGCGGAGGCCAGUGAGACAAAUCCAACACCGCAGCGCCCGCCCAAAGUCGCCCGACCUCCGGUGAGUUGCAUUUGAGGACGGACGGACGGACAAGCAUCGAGCCUCGAAGUGGGCCACGCUCGACUAGGGCGCUCGCUCGACCGCGUCGAUCAGGGCUCGAAUCGAGCACGGGCGUUGGCGCGGCCCUCGGCUGGAGUCCUGCGAGCCUCGGCGAGAGACGAUAGACGACGACGAAGAAGAAGAAGGAGAAGGAGAAGAAGGGGAAGAAGGGGAAGAUGCAGAGGCUGAACUCGGUCCUCCGCCAGGGCCAAAAGGCCAUCGUGGAUCUCGGGCUGCUCACGGUCUUGCGGUCGGAGAUCGCCCACGAGCUCUCCUCCAAUCGCUUUCAGAAUGACCAAAUUGGUGAUCCUGGGGAUUUUGUGGUUGACUGGGAUGCACCAGAAUCUGAAGAUGUGCUUUUGAGGAGAAAAUGUGAGUCUGGCGAGGAAGUUGCUGUUUCGGCAUUGUUGGGUCCACAAAUCUACGGUGGAGAGGGCAUAUUUCCAAGGGAAGUUCUGAUGAAGGUCUGUGUCAAAAAGCCAUGUUUCAACUCCAUCUUACAGUUUGAUUGCGGCGUAUGCAGUGGUACUGACAGUGGGUCCGAAUUACACUUACGUGGUGCCCACUAUCUCCCAUCACCUGCGUUAUUGCAUCAUUCGGUCUACAGAGGCCCUUUGUUCAGCACAUUGGACGAUAAUUUGCAGGAUAAACUCAAGGAGUACCUUGUUGCAAAGGGAAUUGGAAGAGGCCUUACCGACUUCCUUCUCUUAUACUUGCAUAGGAAGGAGCAAAACCAGUAUGUAAGCUGGUUGCAAAAACUUGAGAGCAUGUUGGCUACCGAAGUAUGACUUUAGGCAAUUGCUAGAACAUUUAUUCUGUCUUACAACUCUUUCACUAUUUUUUCUCCGCACACCCAGAAGUAUCUAGAAGAAAUAAACUUUCUAAAUCAAAUGGCGUAUGCUGGCCUUUUUCUUUUCC